CUCUCUCUCUCUCUUUCUCUCUGUGCCUCCUCCAUCGCCAUUUCUCUCCAUUCGUCUUCCUUCUUCCGGUGCACCCGCGCCUCCAUAACCAACCCCCACGAUGCAGAAGCGGAGCUUCAUCCCCAACCUCUCCUCCACCGCCCCGUCCCUCCCCCUCUCCCAGAGAGCAACAGAGCAUCAGGGCAGCGGCCUCGACACCCUCCAGCGGGGCCUCCGCCGGCGUCUCUCCUCCCUCUCCCUCAAGAUCCAGCCGGCGACCUCCUCCUCGUGGAACCUGCUCCGCCGGACCAGGUCCGUCUCCUCCAUCGGGGCCUCCGCCGGCGGCUCCAUCAGGAAGUGGUGGGACUGGGGCUGGUCCUGGAUCAUGUCCCGCAAGCCCGUCUUCGCUCAGGAUCUGGAGAUGAACGAGGAGGAGACCAAGGCCAUCGGGUCCCACAACAGGGGGAGCUGGAGGCACGUGUUCUACAAGGUCCGGUCCGAGAUCCGGCGGCUCGUCGGGUCGGACAACCACGUCGGCCUCCCCCGGACAUGUCGGUACGACCCUGUGAGCUAUGCCCAGAACUUCGAUCACGGCAGGAGAUCGCCGUCGUUCGUGGAAGCUUAUUAAUGGAUUGAUGUAAUGCCCGUACUGAGAGAGCUUGUAAGGGAGAGAUCGAAGAAGAAGAACGAGAACAAGUAUGACGAGGAGGAGGAGAGACCCCGAGAUCCAGACUCCAAUGGACCGAGUUCCCUCUUCUUCUUCUUCUUUUUCUUGCUGUUACAGCGAUUGUUUCAUGUGUUUAUUCUUUUCUUGUUUUCUCAUUUCUUCUCUCUCUCUCUCUCUUCAUGUUCGUGAUGUUGAUGAAAAAGAUUGCUCUUUUUUCGUUUUUUCGCUUCUGGGCCUGUAAUUAGAGACCAAACUGAGAGUGUGUUAUAUUAAAUCAAAGCUGGCUUCUCUCCUUCUGGAAGUCAGAUUCAGAGUUA